AUGGAAUCGAAGAACACGAAGCCAGUCACAUCAGGAUCAAAAGUUUCAUCGAGCUUCUCCAUCAGGCAACUGUUAUGCUUGUCCGAGCCUCCAUUUGAUUGUGAACAUCCUACAACUUUGUACUGUUCCAAAAAGCAACCGAUCAGCAAUGACUCGUUAACACGAGCAGAUGAGGUGCUAGACGAACCCCCGUCAGAUCCUGUCACUGAGCACAAGUCAUCUUCAUGCUGCCCACCUGAACUAUUAAACAGAUUUGUGAGUUUCAUUCAGCAACAGCAGCAGCAACAACAACAACAAGAACAUUCGGAAAAAGACCAUCUCCUAACUUCGCGUCCAUUUAUGCACCAUUUAUGGCGGUUCUCUGAGUUGUUUGGGAUGGACGACGCAUGUUUGGAAAACUACAAUUCCAAAAGAAACCUUUUGACUCCAACAACCUUCGUUCCUAAUCAAAGUGGAGAUGGCUUGGUGAAAACGAGCAGACAAUUAUCUAGCCACAAGACUUCUAGUGGACUGGAUGCAACUCGAUGUAACUCAAACAUUUUGACAGGAACUCUACCAGAAUCAGCUGCGAAUGAUUUACCCCCGUUUUUUCUCCACAACAAUGCAUCUACCUAUGCAUCCAUUCCGAUAUUCUCGCGAGAAACCAGUGGGAAACAGUACCGUCGCCGAAAAGCACGGACGGUGUUCAGUGAUCAUCAGCUGUUGGGGCUGGAACACCGAUUUGAAUCUCAGCAUUAUCUGUCCACUCCGGAACGCAUUGAGCUGGCCAAUCGACUAAGCUUAUCCGAAACGCAAGUGAGUAAAAUAUUUGGUGGAAAAAAUCUCAUUCUGUUACUGGAAAUUUUCUCCGUUCGGACGUAA